ACACAUCUCUGUUGAUCUGAAGCUCUGAAGCCUUAUAAAACCCCUUCACUUGCCAUCUAAACCUCUCCUUUGAUCCUGUGCUGGUUCAGAGUUUGGCAACUGGCUUGGCUUGCAGGGUUUGUGUCCGUGUGGCAACAUGAGGUGCGCAGGUGUUCUUCUUCUGCUACUCCUGCUCUCCCUGUCUGCUCUGUCUGCUUCAGCUUCUGAAGCCAACGAGGAAAGGUUAUUGCGAGAAAAUGCGAUGCCGAUAACGGGUCGGAAAUGGUUGAGAGGAAGGAAGGCAAUGGCAGCUGCAGGUCGGCUGGGACAUGGUGGUGUGGUGGUGGUGGAAGGCAAGGGAGGAGGAGAGGAGAAGAAUAAGAAGAACACAGGAGCAGCAAAUCAAGAAGCAGAUGCAUCUGCUAAAGCUGUAAAUCAUGAGGAGAAGCAGAGCAAGGGGGGAGCUUCAGCAGCAGCAACAACUCAUCUGUCAUGUUUCAGGAGCCAAGUAAGCAUGACGAUACUGCCGCCGCGGUGUCCAGGAUGAUGAGCAUGGACUACAAGACGCAGGAUGCUCGUCAUCAUCGACCGAUCAACAACGAUGCUCCGUUGGACCAUGAGCUCGUCGAGAAGCCCUAGACACAUUUUUGACUUAGCUAGCUAGAUAUCUACUAGCUAUAUAUCGGAACAUGAGAUCGAGAUGCUGACUCCUCUACCUUCAUAGAUACAUGUAUUUCUUCUCUGCUUUUUUUUUUGUCAGAUACAUAUGGUAGUCAUUAGUUAGCUGAUAGCUAGCUAGGUAAGGUAGGUACCCGUUCUGACCCCAAGCAAUAUGUAGCAUUAUAGCCCAUUCCUGGCCACUACGGUUGAGGAGAUGGGCAGUUUUGGUGUGUGUGAUAUGUCCUCGGAGAUUGGUGUGGGGAACAUCUGUAAUCUUUCAGCAACAUUUCUGAAGUUGCAGAAUUGUUUGGAACUGAUGAAGAUUAUGAUUAAGUUGACACACGUAAAAUGAGAAAGCUAUUAGCAUAUGAUCGAUUAAGUUUUAAUUAUUAGAAACUUGACAAAUUGAUAUAUUUGGUAUUUUAAAACAACUUCUACAUAUCAAAUUUUCACACAGAACACGCCGUUUAAUAGUUUGAAAAGCACGUGCUAACGUAAACCGAGGUAAAUCUAUAUCUUAAUAAGAAAAGAAUAGGACAAGGUGGUAACUGUCAGAUAAGGUUUUCCUUACCAAA